CCCUGCCCGCGGGGCGGGGGUCACCCUCCCCUCCUGCCCCCAGCCCGGGGCCAGCGGCUCCGGCCCGGCCCCGCUCCGGCCCCGCGCACGGCAGGAGGCGGCGGGGCCCCGCCGGCCCCCGGGGAGCCGCGGCGGGGGCGGAUGGAGACAGCGGGCACGGCGGCGGGCUGGGUUAUUUUCUUCCAUCUUCCUCUCAUCUCUGGAAGCUCCUUCAGUAUUGGAAUAGGCAGCAAUUAUUCCAAUCUCCCAGUUCCUUCGAACCAGAGCAGCGCAGCCAGCGCCUUCCCCGGCUCCGGUGAGAGCGGCGGUGACACCAACCUGCUGGUGUCCCCUCUGCUGGUGGCAGGGGUGGUGAUCGGCCUGGUGCUGUUCCUCUCCUGUGCCACCAUCGUGGUGGGCAGCCUGCGCAAGGACAGCAGGUUGGGCCAGCCCCGCCUCAGGAGGGAGCCUGCGGAUGCUCCAGAUGGCUUCUCUCAUGGCGGCUCUUCUGGAGAGCUGAGAUCCAGCUGUACGGAGGAGUUUCCCCCAGCCUGUGAUUUUGGUUCCUAUCUGGACAUCCUUUCUCAGGUGAACAUCAUGUAUCCUGAUCCACCUCCAUGCUAUGACGAAUGUGUGGGGCCAGGAGCAACACAAAUAUAUAUUCCCACAGAUGAUCCCCCCCCAUAUUCCCUUACGGACCCUUACCAAAGACAUGAAAUAUCCAUAGGUAUCUGUAUCAGCCAGGAAGAGGAAGCAUCUGGGACUACAGGACAGGCUGCAAAUGAUGCAGUGAGGCUUCAGGACUUGCAGCAGCCCAGCUCAGCCAUCUCGGUUAUAUCCCACUCAGAAGGCUGCUCCCCUGUAUGGGACAGUGGGGUGUGAGCACUCCAGCCCCAGC